CACACGAGGCCGGCCAUGCAGGGUGUAGAGAACUGUAAACAGCAACAAUGUUGCCUCCCAGCUAGUAAGGACAAUGGCAAGCACCAGAUGAUCAACCUGCAAUAUCAAUGCAAGACGGUUGGCGGGGGAUAGAACCUAUGAAUCCAGUCCUCAAGGUGCACCGUCUCUCCAGCUCGUCUCGCUUCUUCAGCUCGCUCUACCUUCCAGUCAACAAUGUCUCCUAAUGGACCUCCCAAACAACCUCAUGGCACUCCGCCGCCAUCAGUGUAUGUAUCGCCCUCUGGCCAACACUAUUACUACACGCUGGACUGUGGUUGGGUCAUGUAUCUGCCUGCAUCUGAUUCUGCGCCUCGGGCUCUGCCCCCCGAUUCUGCUCCAGGUGUGGCGAGCACGGCUCUACCAGCACCAUCACAUGUGGCUUAUACACACAAACCUGCUGCUUUUAUCCCAGAUGACUACACUCACCCAGCCUCUCAGGCCCAUGCAAUUGACGAGGGUUGGGAAGGAGGUCGGCACAGCGGAGGUAGUUUUGGUGUGGACGAGAGUAUAACAGUGACCGCAACAGAAGUGUGGUAAGCCCAUC